AGUGACAUUUCUCGUUGUCAACGUGCAACAGAAAAAAAUACAUUUGUAUCAAUUUUUAGCUGGAGACAUGAAAAGAUAAAAACAUUAUUUCUAAAUAUUUAUUAAAUCUAUAGAGUGAAAACAAACAAAGAGUGAAACAAACGAAAUUCUAUUUUUUUAAAUUUAUAGUUUCAUCGCUAUGUAAACAGAACGAUGUAAAAUUGAAAUGUCUCUGCUAGAAUGUUAUCCUCCCGGCACCUGCAGUUUUUGCACCGAGCAGUGUACAGGAGCUUUUCGACAUGUUUUAGUCGUCAACAAAGAGCACCAGGAACAAAUCCACAAGGUUUUACAAAAAUUGAACCUAUCACUCGUACUGCAAAAACAAUUGUUCCAUGCAACAUGUGAUAAAUGUAGGAGAAUGAUAACUACCGAAUAUCGGAUUCCGGAGAUCUGCUUCCAAAUUAGACCAAGCGCCGAGUUUUUAGAUAUGAAAACAGAGCCACUGCAAGACCUAGGCGAUGCCGACGAUGAGCAUUCAGACAGUGAAAACACAGCUGAUGAAACGUCUUUCUUCCCGUUAGAACCGGAGACAGAAAUGCGCGUCCAAGGUGACAAUGGAGAGGUAUUUAUCAUUAAUGGCAUUGGUGAGGAACAAUUAGAUACCAGUGAUUUCCAAGGUUUUGAUGAUUUGCUGAAACCUGUUCGUAUGAAAAGAAAUCGACGGAAAAGAGAUUUUCCAGCGGAGGAUUUGCCAACGAAAAAAAGUCGUGCAAUGCCGAUUCGGCAUCGCUGCCCCUAUUGCAAUAAGGGUUUUGCGGACAAGUGUCUGAUGACUACACAUAUUCGGUGGCAUACCGGAGAAAAACCAUUUAAAUGUAAAUACUGCGGAAAAGGUUUCUGCGAAAACUCCAAACUUACGCUCCAUGUAAGAACACACACAGGUGAAAGGCCUUUCUUUUGUCCAUAUUGCCCAAAAUCUUUCACACAGUCGGUAACGCUCAAAAUACACAUCCGCGUGCACACUCGUGAAACACCUUACGUGUGCGUACACUGUAACCGCGGUUUCACUCAAUCAUACAAUCUGACGGUACAUUUGCGAACGCAGCACAACCAAAUCACAGUCUAUCGGGGCCGCGAAGUAGGUGUCCUACCAGAACACAAAUGUAAAAUAUGUGGUAAAAUAUACAGAUCAUCAAAGAGUUUUCAGCUGCAUCUUCAGUUACAUGAUAUUGGUAAGCUUUUCGAUUGUCCGCAUUGCCGAAAAAAAUACACCUAUGUACACAAAUGCAAAGCAGAAGAAGAAUGCGAGAAGAAAAAAGAUAAAAUUUAUGAUUGCAAAAUCUGCGGUCAAGAAUUUAAGCAUCAACAAAGCGUAGUAUAUCAUAUGAGCAGCAAGCAUAAACAGUUUAAAUACGAUAACGCUGCACCAAUAGCUGAAAAUCAUGAAAGUAGUGAGGUGUCUGCAAGCUAAAAAACUAACCUUUAUCAAACUUGUGCGACACACAUAACGAAGUUUCAAAAUUCAAAUAUUCAAAAUUUUGACAAAAGCCAAACAACUAGAAACUGCAUAAAAAAAUCCCAAAAAAAAAACAAAA